UCCUACUGUUUCCGGUGUACAGGCGGAACACAAGAACGGCGGUGUUACAAGACAAGGCGGCGUACAGUGGACGAAAACCCGAGUAACGUUUUCAGAUUUCGUAAAAACCAAAUGUAUACGAUGGAAACUUGAAAGGAAACGGUAAACGUUGUGGGGACAUAUCCAGCAGCAGCUGAUUUCUGGUGCUCGAAAGUGUUUAAAUGGCAAACAGGAACAUACGAUCAAGUGCGUCUGCUUCCUGGACCCAGGACCUAGCGCUGGUUGAAGCUGCCAAAUUAACAUCACAAGUUAGACAACAAGCCAAUUUUCCUUCAGACGCUUCUAGUAGACAGGCGACGCUUGCGGACUCUGUAGAACAUAUAGCUCCCCUUUCAAAUAAGGGUGACAAAACAGACGAUGAAUACUGGUGUACUGGGCAAAAGGGCUUCAAUUUCAACGCCCAGGAGGAUGAAAUGCCAAAGGGUCCUGCACAACAGCAACUGAGUAGUUCGAAACGUGGCCCAUCUCCUUCUGAGAAAGCAGACCUCCAGUAUGCAUCUGGAACUGCUUUUUCAGCAUCGUCGACCUUACGAGCAUUUGAUGUUGGCGACAUACAAAAGCACAUCACGGCCAUCAAGAGCACUUCUUCAUCAUCUAGCGCAAUAACUGCUCGGAUUACAACACCAAAAGAGACUGUCCAGAAUAUUAUUUUAGGACAGCCAUAUUUUAUAGAACAGCACAGAUCCAAGGAAGACAAGGUCGAACUUCUUGAUGAAGCACUUCAGUUACAAGAUGGAAAUGUUAUUGUACUUGUACUGUUGUUUCUUAAGCGAACACUGAAGCCAGCAUUAUUCAACCAGGAGCUGCUGCUGAAGCCACGUGCUGCAUCCCAUUAUCUCAGCUAUCUCCGCAUGGUCAAGGACAAUGUUGAGGUUAUGAAUACAUUUGCGAUGCUGGGGAUGGCUGAAGAUGCUGCAAUGUUUAAGUACAGGCUAAUAUCGGAGACAUCGGAUGCAAAGAGCAGGACCCGUGGUCUUGAGUCAUACCUGCAGUCACAUCUGCAAUCUGAACCAUCCCUUGCACUACAAACUGAGUUAAUAAAGGAGCAGAAAAAACUGCUCGAAAUACAAGAUCCAAUCGAGGAGAGCGAUGCACAGACAGAAAAAGAAGGAAAGGACCUACUAAUGCGAGAAUUUCCUCGUCCGGCAUCCGUAGUUGGCACAUCACUAGUGACAACAUUAUAUUAUUGCUGCAUGUAUCAUUAUCACAAACCUGUGGGCCAUGUGGCAAAUCCCUCUGGAAUCAAGGACCUCUUUGGCCUUACUGAGAAACAAUACAUGUGGACAGCGUUGACUGCUCUUGCUCAGAUUCGUCAUUGGAAGGAGAUUGACAAUUUAUUCCAGAGCAAGUCCUGGCUCGGAAAAUCAAAAAUGCGAUGCUGCAUUGGUUUUGACAGAGCCGUCCAAGUUCUUAUGACAAUGAAGGCACCCCCUGAGGUGUUUGAAAAAUACUUGCAGCUUGUAGAUGAUACAGACAAAAGACUGGCACUUGCGAAGAAGAACAAGUGCUACAAUGUUGUCAUUGAUACGUUAGUGUCACUUCGAGAUAGACAACAGUUAAUAAGCUACAGAGAUGAGUUAAUGCCACAGUCUGUGCCUUUCUUCAAAGCACAGGAGGCCUUGAAUGUUGCAGUGUACUGAACCCAACACAUGCCCUAGCCAAAAGUAGAGGUAGGAGAAGCCUCCAAAAGUCUCACAACAUUACCUGUUUUCCACCGUUGCACUGCUCUUUCGUACAGUCGAGCCCGCUUUCAACAAACUCCUGUGUCACGCAAGAAGAGUAGAAGUUUGUCAUGAUGUUACCUUUAGAAUAGCGCAUAAACAGGCAAGCUGUAGAUUCAACGUGUGACAUUGCGAACGCACAACAUACACUUUUAUUGCAGGGGGACUUUAAUCGUGGUCUGCUCAGGACUGGGCACGUAUUACAUUACUUUGUAUUAUAAUAGUAUUACUGUAAUACCUUUUUGCAUUUGUAUUACAUAUUAUAAUACAGGUUUCUGAAAAGUGUUUGUAUUACGUACAUAUUACAGUACGCAAAAAUGCGUAUUACAAGUAUUAUAAUUAGGGUUCCGCACUUUCGGUUUUUAUUUUUGGGCAGAUUUGGCGUAUGUUUUUCGGUGUUUAUUGAUAUUCACGAAAUCGGCGUUUUUCGAUUUUUUCCUGUCGUGUACAUGGUUUACCCAGUUUUCGGCGAAUGGAAAUCACAAUGUAAUUUCUACAUGACGCUCAUUCAACAUGGCGUUGUUCGCUGCGGUGGCGUUUUAUGGCUAACGAAAAAGUAAACAAACAUUUUUCACAACCAUAUCUUGUUUCUGAAUUGUUUUCUAAUUUGCAUCAACAACUUGCUGGGCAUGUGCAACAAUUUAUUUCUGUCAUCGUUCCUGGAAUGUCCCUCUGUAUUCAGUGUUUUUCGAUUAAAACUGAAAACGCGGAACCCUAAUUAUAGUACUCCAGUAAUACUUCUUGGAUUUUGACGUGUUCAUUCACCCUGUAUGCGCUAUCAGCACGGUGAUAAUCUGCCCAGGCGGGUCAGCACACCACAUGUUUUAGGUCAUCCGCUCUUUGAACACCUACUCCUCUGGCGACUAGUCAGUGUACCCUCUCUGGUCAUAAAAUUCCCCGGAAAGAAAGGAACAGUCAGAAGUGUUCCUAGCUCUAUGUCUAUGUCAUUGCAUCUUCGCACUACACUAUUUCCUCCUCUGUCUUUUCACAACUUGGCACACUAGUUGACAUGAAGAUAAGUAUCUUGUCAGGAGUCUUACAUACAUCCUUUGUGAACGUAUCAAGCUUGCCACUGGUGACCUGCUCGUCUAAUACCUCAUUUUUGCUGUCACUUCCACUGUGGAAAGUGAUAAAUGAAAGAGUAAAUUUUUCGUGGCGGUUCAUAAGGAACCGGGGCACAACUUGCAAGGCCGAGUGUCAUUUCUUUCCUCUCAAGUUUCCUGUUAACGUUGCAAAGCAACUGCGGCUAUGAAUGGCGUACAGGCAUGGACAGAUGGAGAGAGGACAGCAGGAAGGAGAGGCAGACAGGGGGAAGGGGGAGUGUCUGUCGUGGGCCAGGUCAGGGGUAACUGUGCAGAUAUUCGUCUGCAAAGUCUUCGGAAAACCCAGGGAAAACUUCAAACUCGGACUCAAACCCACGUCACCUGCUAGUCUUGGCGAGGAAAGCGAUCACCCUAACUGUAACACCACGCGAACUGGUAAUAUUGAAUAUGCCACAAGACGUUCCUUGCUGCAGGAGAGCACUUGAUGGUUGAAUUUGAGAAAAUGGUAUUAUUCAAGCCAAAUAGGCAGUAAUGGAUCUAUUGUUUCAUACAACAGGCACUGUAAAUUGUGAGACAGAUAUUGUGUACUCCCUGGGCUUUUCGAAAAACUGAUGUAUUUAUUUAUUACCAUAAUGUAUUAUAAUACAGUAUUAGUAUUAGAAUACACAUUUCCAAAGAGUAUUUCUGCUAGUAGUAUUAUAAGACAAGUUUUUUGGGAAGUAUUAUGUAUUAGUAUUAUAAUACAAAAAAAUAGUAUUACUGCCCACCCUUGGGACUGCUAUAGCAGUGUAAUACAGUAAUUGUGCCCUCGAGGUUUGUGAAGAUUUCAAAAUCUGUCAUAGAAACCCAAAAUACAACUUUUGCAAGUAGCCUACUGCUAUAAUGAUCACCAUCCUUGCGCUUAGAAUCCACUUGAGGUGGGCUUCUCCGACGUCAGUUCACGUGGCUUGCCACUCCGAGCUUGGCAGUCACAUUCAAACCCAUUGCCUCCCUGACACUCUCCUUGUUUUAUUUCAGCAUGGUUUAAAUAGCAGACCUCCACAAUGCAGAUUUCUUGCAGAGAUCGCCAUUCUCUGCACUGGCACUGAAUUUCUAAAGAAUCGUUGCUUUACUAGUUGCUUUGAUAGCUUUCAGUUAUUUUGUCGAGGCUAUCUCUGACAUAUUAAACCGGGACAAAGAAAUCAAUGCAAGCGAGACUCUACUCAUUAGCGAGAAUAUCGCCACUCACAAAAGCAGUUGGCGGUUCAUACCUUUAGUAACAGUAUUGUUUAAUUAAUCCUCAUAACUAACAGAAAGAAGUGGCUAGUCUUGAUUGCAAAAAUAAAGUACACCACUUUGAAAAGCAGGAAUAGCAUAUGCUAUUCCUGUUAGCAUAGCAAGUGCAAGAAAAGUUAGUGAUUUAAAGACAACAUUUCUCGAUGACAUACUGUUUGUUUGUUUCUUUCUUUCUCUUUUCUUCUUUUUCUCAUUUUGGGUUCAGCUUAUUUGUUAAGUUAAAAGCUAAUAUUUCUCAUUACCCAUUUCAGUGCAGGGGUCAACAUUUGGUAAUUUGGCCCUCAGGGUCCCUCAGGGUGCUGCAAAACCCUUUAAUAGAAUUAUUCAUGCUUAGUAGGGAUUUUCGAAUUUGCAGCUUUUUUUUCUUUUCUGCAAAUGGAAAAGAGUUUGUACAUAGAUUCGUCCCUCCCUUCUCCUGUUCUGACAUCGCUUGCAUGUAAUACUUCAUAGUUAAUCUUGUUGGCUGCUUUAUGGCAGAAAUAUAAAAUAGGAAUCUUCACACGACGGUACCCCCACCUCUUGGUAAUGCGUAAGAACCACCUUUGACAUGUUACUGCACAGCCCAGUCAUCCAACUUUCCUGUAGCAUCCCAAUAGCAUGUUGCACUGAUUGUCUUAUUGACUUUGCAACAAUCCUAAGGGGAGAAGGGCCCCUUCCCUCUCCUUCACUGCCCGGCCCAAUUCAGUAAGUUCAGAUUUUGUGUGCUCCAGAAUAGGGAAAUAGCAGAUUGUAUAGGGUUGGGAGUACACCAUGGUUGCGAGGUUAGAAGAACAAUGUGGACCUAAAAUGGCAAAUACACUAAAAGUACAUAUGAUAUGAAAUAAAGGCAUACAUACAUGACGUGAACUCAUAAGUGUGUGGUCCAAGCUAAUGAAUAAAUCUCUAAGAACAGGUGAUUUGGAGUAAGUAUGACUAAAUAUUGAGUGUAGUGCAACGCUGAGCAACUCACACAGCAAUAAAUUCAAAGCCUCUCUUCCAGGUAGCCAAUUCCAAUUUCAGUAUAUACGAGGGGUGUUCAAGUCAAACCGGGACUUUUCAUUUUUCGCAAAAGUAAAAUGAACUUGCAGGUGAGAAAUUAGUUUUAUUUUUCAACGUAAUCUCCAGCUGCAGUAAUGCACUUGUCCCAGCAUUUCACGAGGGCUUGGAUGCCAGCAACGUAGAAAUCCUUACCGGCGCAUAGCAGCCAUGAUUGGACAGGUGGUGAACGCGGAGGCCUGUCGCUUGUGAAAAUGACGAAAAAGAAGUAGCGCGAGCCAUUUGUACACUCAGGAGACAGAAAGACCCGGUUUGACUUGAACACCUCUCGUAUAUGUACCAACUAGCCCAGUAAGCCGCCCUACUGAACAAAAAUAGUGUUUGAAUGCCAAAUUCUGCCAUUUUUUGUGCCUUCUUUCAUCUACUUGCAAUAUUUAUCAAUCACCUACAACAUGAAUCCAGUGAUAAGUUUUCAAAUUGAAGUCAAUUGAUAGGUUAGGUGAAUUAUUAUUGAUGAGGUUGACAGGGCUCUGAUGGCCACGCGCAGUCGCCGACAGACCUAACCGUAACAUGUCUCUUGCGCAGACUCCAGUGACCAGCAGAGCAUUGGCUGCUGGGUUUGAGACUAGGUCACAACGUGGUAAUGCAACAUGAAACGGUAGCGAAGCAGGGACCGAUUGUAGAUGCAACAACUGCCCAACCGAGCAUGCCGAGCGUCCAUCGUAAUGCAGUGUAUGGCAUAGCCAAAUCCUGGACCUAUGUCACCAAUAUAGUCUACCCAGAGGCCAAUGCUCGGCGGCACUGGCUACUGAGCGGGCCAUGUGCUCGCAUGUUUCGGUUAAGUGUGACGGUGGUUGUACACUUAAUGGAUUUUUCUCAAGCGAAUGCCCGUGGACUAAAAGGAGAACAUGCAUUUUCUUAGUAUUUGGACUGUGUCAACGACUCGUGUUUGGUAUCUGCAAUCAGUAUGAGUUUGUAGGGGGCAAACGGUAUUGAUCGUCGUUCCCGUUUGUGCGGCUUUCUUUUCGGCGAACUGGGUGGAGAUGUGCAUUCAUAAGGUCGGCUUGCAUUGUCAUGUCAUUGUGGAAGGGGCUGGUGGUAGUGCUGUGAUGGCAACUCUAGGGAGGACGGUUGAUGUUUGCACACUAUGGUUUCGAACAGUGCUUACUGUUCGUUGCACUAUCUAUUCUGAAGAGCACAGCAGCUCUGUAGGUCAGUCUGCAGCAUGCUGCCCUACUCAGCAUAUGAUCGAGAGCCUGGUGAGGAGGCAUCUGGCACAUGUAUCCAAUGGGAAGAAGUAACGCCCGGUAGUCGAUGAAGUGUUUAUGCUGACUUCAGCUGCUGUCUCAAUUUCCUGUGACGUUUGGUCUGCCAAUGUGAAGGUGGUUGUGUGGGUACGUGAGUAUGCUCGUACGUCAAGGAGCUGCAGGUUCGACGUUGGUGUGUGUUGUCUUGUCCUGUGUAGUUGCCUCAUUCCAAGUCAUGUACCAACCGGCCCCAUAUAUUCUGAGUCUAGCUGCAGCUUACCUGUCGGAUUUCCCUGCCAUACUGGAUCAAGCCUUGAGUGGUUCCUCGACACGGUUCAUAAAAUGCUGACAUCAGCUUGCGACUGGUUAGCCACACCCUCGAUGAGCCAGUCUACAAACUAGUGCCGUUGUCACGUAUAUGGACAUUGUCUGCUGUUGCAGAAACAGCACCGCAAGCGAUGCUAUCAUAAUUUGUGGAAUCUGCUACUGUGGUUCUCGAUGGAGUGGAAAAGGCCGAGCGUAAUGUUCUGCCUGUUCUCAACAACCUGCUAGAAAAUCGUGAGAUGCAGUUAGAUGAUGGACGAUUUCUAGUUAGCCCAACACGAUAUGACAAGCUUCUUGAGGUUGGUCUGUUGCUGUUGUGGAAGAAUUCGUGUGAUUAAAUCUGUUCCUUCAGCUGUUCUGCGUGCAGAUACACGCAUGUCUUCAAGAAGAAAUAAUAACGAGGGGGACGAACCUGAAAUAAAGACGGCGUGUGACUCGCUACGGAAUGAUCCAAUAUCACCACUAAUUUGGACGAAGCUCCAAAAUUCGUGUAGCUGAAAACGUCUUAGAUCAUGAAAACAGUGCUAAAUAGCGUUUUUUGAGCGGUUGGCGACGUGGAGAACACGAAUAUUCAAAAUGCGACGGAAAUCGAAAAAUCAAGCUGAAAACGUCUUCGAUCAUGAAAACAGUGGGCUUCUUGCUAUCGUACAUACCAUUACAACCUACCUUUUUUUUUUUUUUUUCUCAGAGCUUUUUACACAUUGAAGGAGACUUCGCCGCAGUGCGUUCUAGGCAUACAGUAAAACAUCGCCUAACAAGGCUCUUGUCAGACGUGUCGCUUUGUUGCGGCUCUUGGGCUUAAAAUCCAGAAACUUCACACGAAAAAAAAAAAAGUAGAACAGACGACACAGCAAAAAGGACACUACAAAAUGAUUGGGACUGUGUUAUGCUAUAAAUUUUUUUUGUGUGUGUGUCUCUGGUUCUGCGUUUUUGUGAACAUGUGCCGCAACAGAUUUUCAAGAGGGCAUUAGCCACGUUUCUGCAACGUUUGAGUAAAAUGUUACCACAACGUUCUGACCACGAAUUGUGCUACUAGGGUUAACUUUGUUAUAGUUAUUCAGUUACUGGGUUACUGUGUCAUUCAGCUGGUCCCUCACAUUCAGUGGUGGAGGUGCGAUCCCUUCCCAUGCUCCCCUGCGCGAAGUUUCGCCUAGUAUCGCCGAUCACGAUGAGGCACCCCACUCAUCAUAACCGCGACAAAGUCUUCUUGUUAGUCAGAGGUUCUCUGCACACAUUGUCGCCAUGUCAAAGGUGUGUUCAAGCAAAAAUUUAGAGGGGUUGUGAAACCAUUUUCAAACUUGCGAAGAAAUAACGUUCUACACAUUGGUUUAUAUCAACUAAACAUGAACAUAAAUAUGCUAUGUUUCUGCGAUCCCGCAUCAUGAAGCUAUUGUACUCCGAAGGUCUUGCGCUAGGCAAGCUCCUCCGUCACGCUCAACUCUUCACCUCCUUGCCCGUUUUUGGAGUGACGUCUCACCGUGGAGAAAGUUUUCCAUUUCUAUGAUGACGCAGGCAGUUGUAAAAGGAACCGGGCACCGCAGAAUGGCCUUCGUUAUGGUUGCCUUCGGGGUUCUUCCGGCAAGCGUGCACAUCGAAAACGUCACUUCCCAUAUGUCUGGUGACGCCUCUCAGCGCUGUUCGGCGCCACCGUCGGCGGUGGUUAGAGAAUAUGGCAGUUUUAACAACCCAACAGUUCAAAAAACGUUCAAAUGAAGAAUGUGGGAAUUUUCGUGUCGAAUCCAUGAACUACGUUUGAAAUGGAGCCAUCCAUUUACUGGGUUGCAGGUGGUUUCUCAACCACAUGCCCAUUUCUCUAAAGUUACGGUCUUGUAUCCCCUGCCCUUUUCAUAAAGUGUACCAUUUUAUUGCCCUUUGCUGAAAAUGGAAUACUGCAAAUUUACCCGACAAAGCACAUCACGAUUAAAUAAAUGAAUUAAGUUGAUAAAGAUGGCACAGCAUACCGUGAUCUGUGUUGGCAACAACAAGAAUGGCUACAGUACCCUGCGGGAAAGUCCGUGAUUGGAUGCAGAAAUCGUCUGCUUUUGCGCAUGCUAGUGCACCGGCAUGAGCACGUGACUUUCAGAAGUGACUGGGGACCGCCGGAACUCUCGUACAUUUUCUUUCAGUUCUCAGGCGAAAGGCGCACAUUCUAAGAAGUGGCCCACUUGCUGGUUUAGAACAACUAUGUCAAUCCUCAGAGACAAGUUAAAAGUCUCAGCCAACCCCACCCGCAAUCACAAAUCUGAAGUCGUCCGUCAUCGGCACGCGUGGUUGCAUUAAAUCUCCGACAGAGAAUGUAUUACGCACGUGCCCAUUACACUCCUUGUUGCGCACUGAUCAUGUUUCGAAAUGAAAUGUCGCUGAUGACGUACAUGGAGAAGGAGUGCGUGUUUAUUAAAAAGCCACAUUAAAUACUUGCGGAAAGAAAACAUGUGACUUAGCCUCCACAUAUCUGAUCAUGCGCCACAUUCUCAGAAGCCCACAGUACCAUACCCACAGACAAUGCACGGGCUACAUCCUUGGCUCGCGGAGAUAUACGUCUGUGGUUGCAGCUCUUAUCUUGUCUCUGAGCAUCUCCAUUUCCAGAGAAAAGGGGAGCUUAUCAGGAUGACUCAACCCACGAUCCUCCUGCAAGUUGCAACUGCCAUGGCAACGGUGGCAACUGCAAACAGCUCUUCACUCAGCCAGUGGGAGGCUUACCAGCAGGGCGAUGUCAUACAUGACGUUGCAUGAGAGUAAAGUGCAGGUUUCGUUGUCUGCUAUUACAGCACGUUUUGGCAAAUUCCUCGAAAACAACUUCGUUAGUCUGAAUGAAACUUUGACGGUUGUAUGUCUACAGUACUAAUGUUUUACUGUUUUUAUAGUGUUUUCAUAGUUUUGGCUAAGUUUCAGAAUCUGUACGAGACCAUCCCUCUAACAUUAAUAUGUGGAGAGAACAAAACUAAUAUGUCGGGCUGCCAAACUGAAAUAGAAAAUGAAUCACAGACGCUGGUUCUCUUAUGGUCGUUUUUUUAUGACUGUAUUCGUGAAAGGUAUUGUUAAGAAAUGCAAGGAUUCGUCGUGAAUUCGGGCAUCAUUGCUUGCUAGUGUACAAGAGGAGAGUGAUGAUACCACAGUCUCGGCUUGUACCACAGAUAAUACGAGUGCACAUUUCGAGGUAAAAAAAAACAAAACUCUCAUUAUACUACUAUGUGGAUAAAUACGGUAAUAUUUUCCAGCAGAAUCGGGGGCACUCCGCUGCUCUAGAUACAACAUGACACGAUAAGAGAGCCCUUGCCAGCUAUGAAACAGAAUAGUCUUGUUGCUGUCACUGAUGUUGGAGACAGGGCAUUUGUUUCAUCUCUUGUUGAACAGUUCAGUGCAAACACUUUUCUGUCUUCCUGUACCAUUCCCCAUGUCUGCUUUCUUGCAAAAGUGUAAAAGUUGUGCAAAAUUUUAAUGGCUGGGAAAUAUAAAAUCCAUGUUACCAGAUGCAUCAGUUGAUACUAUAACAUGCAUAUAGUACUUAUACUAUUUCUUUUUUCUUUCAGGCCAUAAAGUGGAAAAAUUAAUUUGUAUUUUUAACAUAAAAAAGUGUGUGAUAAAAAAAGUCUCAUGUAAAUACAUUUUAUUUGUACAUUAACAA